AUCCUCAAAACACAGCUGCGGUUGCAAACCUCUCAGAUCUCUCUUCUUUUUGACUCGCCCACACAACAAACACGACAACAUGGCCGGUAAAGGAGAGGGUCCAGCCAUCGGAAUCGAUCUCGGAACGACGUAUUCCUGCGUCGGUGUUUGGCAACAUGAUCGUGUUGAGAUCAUAGCUAAUGACCAGGGAAACAGAACGACGCCGUCUUACGUCGGAUUCACUGACACCGAGCGUCUCAUUGGUGAUGCCGCUAAGAACCAGGUCGCCAUGAACCCCAUUAACACCGUCUUUGAUGCCAAGAGGUUGAUUGGACGUAGAGUAAGUGAUGCCUCUGUUCAGAGUGACAUGAAAUUGUGGCCUUUUAAGGUUAUUGCUGGACCCGGGGAUAAGCCAAUGAUCCAGGUCAAUUACAAGGGUGAAGACAAGCAGUUUGCUGCAGAAGAAAUCUCUUCUAUGGUUCUUACUAAGAUGCGUGAAAUUGCUGAAGCUUAUCUUGGCUCUACAAUCAAGAAUGCUGUUGUUACAGUCCCUGCAUAUUUUAAUGAUUCUCAGCGUCAAGCUACCAAGGAUGCUGGUGUUAUUGCUGGUCUUAAUGUGAUGCGUAUUAUCAAUGAGCCUACUGCUGCGGCCAUUGCUUAUGGUCUUGACAAGAAGGCUACCAGUGUUGGCGAGAAGAAUGUGUUGAUUUUUGAUCUUGGUGGUGGAACUUUUGAUGUCUCUUUACUGACUAUUGAAGAGGGUAUCUUCGAGGUGAAAGCCACAGCUGGGGACACCCAUCUUGGAGGUGAGGAUUUUGAUAACAGGAUGGUCAACCAUUUUGUUCAGGAGUUCAAGAGAAAGAACAAGAAGGACAUUAGUGGCAACCCCAGAGCACUAAGGAGGUUGAGGACUGCUUGUGAGAGGGCUAAGAGGACUCUAUCAUCAACUGCCCAGACCACCAUUGAAAUCGAUUCUCUGUAUGAGGGAAUUGAUUUCUACUCCACCGUUACCCGUGCCAGAUUUGAGGAGCUCAACAUGGAUCUCUUUAGGAAGUGUAUGGAACCAGUUGAGAAGUGUUUAAGAGAUGCUAAAAUGGACAAGAUGUCUGUCCAUGAUGUUGUGCUUGUUGGUGGUUCCACUAGAAUUCCCAAGGUUCAACAACUUCUACAGGAUUUCUUUAAUGGGAAGGAGCUCUGCAAGAGCAUUAAUCCUGAUGAGGCUGUGGCAUAUGGUGCUGCUGUUCAAGCUGCUAUCUUGAGUGGUGAGGGUAAUGAGAAGGUUCAGGAUCUUCUCCUUCUUGAUGUUACCCCACUGUCUCUUGGUUUGGAGACUGCUGGUGGUGUGAUGACAGUCCUCAUCCCCAGGAACACUACAAUCCCAACAAAGAAAGAACAGGUUUUCUCAACCUAUUCUGACAACCAGCCUGGUGUGCUCAUCCAGGUUUACGAAGGCGAGAGAACAAGGACUAGGGAUAACAAUUUGCUGGGCAAAUUUGAACUCUCAGGCAUUCCUCCUGCACCCAGAGGUGUUCCUCAGAUUACAGUGUGCUUUGACAUUGAUGCCAAUGGUAUCUUGAAUGUCUCUGCCGAAGAUAAAACUACUGGUCAAAAGAAUAAGAUCACAAUUACCAAUGACAAGGGUAGAUUGUCAAAGGAAGAGAUUGAGAAGAUGGUUCAAGAGGCGGAGAAGUACAAGUCUGAAGAUGAAGAGCACAAGAAGAAGGUAGAGGCAAAGAAUGCACUGGAGAACUAUGCUUACAACAUGAGGAAUACUAUAAAGGAUGAGAAGAUUGGAGGAAAACUUGACCCAGCUGACAAGAAGAAGAUUGAAGAUGCCAUUGAGCAGGCCAUCCAGUGGCUAGACAACAAUCAACUUGGAGAGGCAGACGAGUUUGAAGACAAAAUGAAGGAAUUGGAGAGCAUCUGCAACCCUAUAAUCGCCAAGAUGUACCAAGGUGGUGCUGGUCCGGACGUUGAUGGUGCAAUGGAUGAUGAUGCUCCUGCUGGCGGAAGUGGUGCUGGCCCCAAGAUUGAGGAAGUGGACUAAAUUUAGUUGAUUUAGUCUUCUUUCGAAGUCAUCCAGUUUAUGCGUUUUACGUUUGAUUUUAGUUGCGAGUAUUUUGUUCGAUCAGAGACGAUAUUUGGCUGUAUUUUGUUUGAUCAGAGACAGUAUUUUGUUUAUGUUGUCUGUUUUUAUUUACAACGUGUCAUUUUUCCCUGGAUUUUAUUGGAUACAGGCUAUUAAAUUGUUAUUUUUACAGUUUUUCCUGA